AUGGCAACUGCUCAACCAGUAUACGAUUAUUCAACUUAUGAUUAUUCAUAUGAUACAAGCUCAGCAGCUGCUUAUUCUUCUUAUCCAGGAUAUGAAUCAAGUGCAUCAUAUGCAACAUCUGGUGCAUAUGAUGGUUAUGCAACAUCAGCAGCAUAUUCUAUGGAUGCUUCAACAGGAUCACCUUAUACUACUGUUGAUCCAUAUUCUGGUUAUCCAACCACAGCUUAUGGUUAUCCAACCACGGCUGCUACUACGGGUGCUCCAUCAUCAACUACUAGUCAAACUGGAUAUGCAGCAUCAUAUAGUUCAUCUCCACCAAAUAGCAGUUAUGCAUAUGAUUCCAGACGUACUACAUCACCACCACCAUCAUCAUCUUCUGCAUCAUCAGCUCAUUAUGCUGCUUAUGAUUAUACUUCAAGUAUUACUGGUGCAUAUGCUACAACACCUUCAUCAAAUGCUACAUAUUCUCCCUACAAAACAGUUUCAGCAACGAAUGGUUCACCAUCAUCAAGUGUUUAUUCAACUUAUGCUACAUCAGUUCCACCACCACAUGGAACUUAUAGUAUUCCACCAGGUAGUCAUCUUGCAGGAACAAUGGGACCAUCUCAUAUUUAUGCAUCAUCAGCAACGGAUAUGAUUCCACGUCGAUCGGAUUAUUAUCCUUCAAGUCAAAUGCCUCAUGCAAUGCAUUAUGUUCAUCAUCAAUCUCAACGAAUACCAUAUCGUUUGCCACCACGAGGGGGCUAUCAACGUGAACUUGAUGAACCUGGUGAUGAAAGUGCUCUUCUACGACAUGUUGUUUACAUAACUGGUCUACCAAAAGAAAUUCAAAAUGAAACUUUAGCUGACGUAUUUGGUGCUUCAUGUGGAUUGAUUGCACCAGUUGAUGUACGUUCACCAAAACCAAAAAUUUGGGUUUAUAAAGAUCGACAAACACGUGAAGGUAAAGGAGAAGCUACAAUAACAUUCAUUCAUCCUGAAUCAUGUCAAAUGGCUAUUAAUUAUUUCAAUGGAAAAGAAUUAUUUGGUCGAGAAAUUCGUGUUACAUUAUGUCCAAGACGUUUGUACAACAUGCAAAAACAAAAUACACCAUUCAAUCCUGCUGCACCACCAAUGAAUACAACUACACCUAUUUCGUCUAUGAUUAAAUCAAUAUCGACUAAUAAUAAUGCAGUUAUAACAACAACUAUGACAUCAUCAACUUCGACAACAACUACUACUACUGCUACUUCAUCAUCAACAACACCAACAACUGCUUCAUCAAAUAUUGUUACAACAGCAAAUCCUAUAGCAACAAUUUCAUCUUCAACACUUGGAUUACCUCGUCAAUUAAAUCAUUCAUUAUUUAAAUUCAGACAAACACCAGAACAACAACGUGGUCUUUUACCAACACCACCCAAUUCUUUUGUAGCACCAAUAAUGAAUAAUGCACUUCUACGUGAUGGUGUUCGAAAAGAAUUACCUCGGAUUGCUUUGAAUAGAGGUAAUUCUACCAAUCCGGUCGGUGUUCGUCCAAAACCCUAUUGA